ACAUAAAUCUAAUGGUGGUAAAUAAUGGGUCCAUCUAGUUUAAUGAAAAUCAAUGGCUAGAGAAUUUUUAGAAAUUUCUCUAAUUUAUUAUAGUGACACGUGGCGGUUUGGAAGCGUUUGUAGGAUGACACAUGGCGGAUUGGAGGCGGAUUGGGAGCGUUCGUAGGAAGUUUAAUAGACUUUUAGUAUAUAAUAGAUACUUCUCGAGAUAAAUACCUAAUAAUGGAGGUAUUUGCGACAAAUAUAUUACUAGUUCUCAACAUAUCCGGUUCAUGCAUAAUCAAAUAUUGGGUUUCUUCGGUUACAAAUCAGUAAACACUUCUUCAAGCAAAUCAUAGCGUUCGUAGGAAGUUUAAUAGACUUUUAGUAUAUAAUAGAUACUUCUCGAGAUAAAUACCUAAUAAUGGAGGUAUUUGCGACAAAUAUAUUACUAGUUCUCAACAUAUCCGGUUCAUGCAUAAUCAAAUAUUGGGUUUCUUCGGUUACAAAUCAGUAAACACUUCUUCAAGCAAAUCAUAGCGUUCGUAGGAAGUUUAAUAGACUUUUAGUAUAUAAUAGAUACUUCUCGAGAUAAAUACCUAAUAAUGGAGGUAUUUGCGACAAAUAUAUUACUAGUUCUCAACAUAUCCGGUUCAUGCAUAAUCAAAUAUUGGGUUUCUUCGGUUACAAAUCAGUAAACACUUCUUCAAGCAAAUCAUUAAUGAAGCACAUCACGUGGAAACAAUAUGCACCGUCCACUCCACUCGCAAAGUCAUUUCGCACAUCUCUGGACGUAUCUCCACCGUCCAUAUCAUAUCAUGCACCAAAGAAUUUUUUUUUUAUUUACUAACUGCAUCCAUGAGAUACCCAAAUUUGAAAGCAGUCAAUUAAUUCAAUUCAAUUCAACUCACUGCAGCAGUGGUACUAGCAUGAGUAUUAGCCAUGGUCCAACGGGCAAAAAAAAAAUUGAAAAAAGAAAUCACUCCAAUUUCUAAGAGCGAGUACUUCAAGUCAACUGUAAACACAUGUAGAGGAGAGAAGAAAAGUUUUAUAGCCAGCUGCAGUAUGAACUCCAGGUGGGACCACAUAUAUUAAUGGUUUAUAGAUAACUAUUAUACGAAUAUACUAUUAAAUUAGCUAUAAAUGAUAUGGACCCAGUAGUUGGCUAUACUAUUAAACUUGCUUUAAAAUUUCUGUGUGAUGAUGGGGAUAAAUAACGGGGAAGAUGGUGAUUACAUAUUAUGUUGCUAAUUAGAAAUUAGGGAGUGUGAUUAGCCUCUAAUUGGUAAUUAGAGGCCGCCUUCUCUCUCCUCCUAUAUAGAGGCGGGACACGCCGCUGUCUCCGUCUCUCUCGUACGUGUCUCUCGCUCUAAUUAGGGAAGCCUCCAUCGCCAUUGCUUCUCUCUCUCUCUCCUUGAGCUUUCCUGUCUCUUUCUCUUCGCGGUCUAAUUAGAGGUUGGGGAUGAUGCCAAGGAACGCGGCGGAGCGCGCAAUGGCGGGGUGCUUGCCCACCGCCGGGCUCCGGCGGGCGCUGACGCUGCCGUCGCCGUCGCCGGCGGCGGCGGUGGGCCAUGAGGAGGGGUCGUCGACGUCGGCGGCGUCAACAACGGUCGGGACGGGGGUCGCCCCCGUCGUCGUCGUCGGCGUCGACCUCGUGCCGGCCUUUCUUGACGACCUUGAUCCGCCGCUGUACCUUGAUGAUGUCGAGGCGGAGGCCGACGCCGGUGGGUUGUCCACCGCCAUCGCCUCACGCCGGCUGUUCUUUGAGUCGCCCGGACGGUCGAACUCCAUCGUGGAUUCCGCCGAGCACCCCGCCGCCGCCGCCGCCGCCGUCGUCCCCCGCGGCAACGGAGGCGCCAGCACGUCGUCGUCGUCGUCGUCGGGGCGUCCUGCCGCCGCGCCUAGCCGCGCGGCUGCUGCGGCGACUGGUAAGGGAGUGCGCGUGUGCGGCGACGAGCAGGCGCGGCCGGUCCCGGUGUCGACGGCCGCGCCGCGGGAGGAGUUCCUCAAGUCGAUGACGGAGAUGGUGGACGCCAUGGGGCUCGAUGUCGCGCGCCGCGGCGGCGACCGCGCCCGCCUCCACGAGCUGCUCCUCUCCUACAUCGCGCUCAACGACCGCGACGCGCUCCCGGACAUCCUCGGCGCGUUCACCGACCUCCUCCUCGCCCUCAACGCCCAUGGUCCCGCCGCCACCCCCGCCGACGGCGUCGUCCGAGAACGCGGCGGCGGCGGCGACGCAAGGAGGAAGGCAUAGCGAUCGAUCGAUCCAAUGCCGGCCUCGCCGCGCCGGCGAGCGCCGCGCGCCGCCGUCGUGCGCGCGCGCGUGAAAUGAGCUUCUAGAAGGAUUAGAGAAAAGGGCCAAUGGCGUUUAAGUCUGAAGUGUAACGAACAUCUGUUAUUUGUGUCGCUCUUGUGCCAUCUCCUUGAUUUUUUUUUUCAUUUUUUAAUAUCUUUGAUUUUUUAUUUUACUUUUUUUUUUGUUGGUGUGCAUACCUUAGCUUGCUGAUGUAGGACAUGUCCACUGUAAUAUACUCAUACUAGAUUAACUUAUAAUUAGGGCACAAUAAUUGAUUUGAUUUUAAGAGUUUCAUAAACAUGAGUGCUUCUGAUC